UGCUGGGACCUGAAGCGGCAAAGCGUCUUCAAGCACCUGGGCGUCGCAGAUAAGCAGCGAGAGUGACGGAGAGUGAGAGUGAAAAGGCGCCGCUCGUGUCGCGCUCACAAAUCUUCUCGGAAAACUUCGAUCAAGAUGCCCUCCAACUUAAACCUACAAGGAGGAAAGGCGUUUGGAGCGCUGAAAACUCAGCAACAGGAGAAGCUCGAAGAAGUAAACCGAGAGUUCCUCCAAGAUCAGAAGUUUGCAGAUGAGGAAGACCUGGCAGAAAAACUGGAAUCCUUCAAAAGCAAAUACAUGGAGUUUGACCUCAAUGAUCAAGGAGAGAUUGACAUGAUGGCUUUGAAGAGGAUGAUGGAAAAGCUGGGGGUCCCAAAGACCCACCUGGAAAUGAAGAAGAUGAUCUCCGAGGUGACCGGGGGGAUCAGCGACACCAUCUCCUACAGAGACUUUGUGAAGAUGAUGCUCGGCAAACGUUCGGCUGUCUUGAAACUGGUCAUGAUGUUCGAAGACAAAGCAAAUGGAAGCAGCAUCAAACCAGCAGGUCCUCCUCCUAAAAGGGACAUUGCAAGCCUUCCAUAAGCACAUUUCAAGAACCGCAACUUUAGGGAAACAGGGACCAAGCUUUACUCUGUCCUGUGCAUUGUCAUUCUCUAGGCUUAUACAGUACUCAGUGUGUAGCCAUCUUUUUAACUAAAAAGGUGUUAAAGAUGGCAAGGACUCCAUCAUCAGGAGCCUGCUGCUGCUAUGCAAAAAGAAAAAGUCUGAAAACAAGUAUCAAUAGCUCAAAAGCAUUCUCAUUGAAAAUAUUAAACAAGUGCGUGUGUGUGUGUGUGUGUGUGUGUGUGUGUGUACAUAUACAGUAUAUAAGUUCAUAUAGUAUGUGUAUGUAUGUAAAGCAUAUACUUUGUUUAGUAGAUCAGUAGAGACAGAGGGCCUCCUAGGGGUUCUUCACUGCUGAAUAAACUGCCAAGGAGAACUAAACAAACAUCAAAAUAAAAUUCAAAGCAUAAGGGAGGGAUGAUUAUAGGGAGAAAUACAAAAGUGGUGUACUGAAAAUGGACGCAACAAAGCCCCCUGGCUGGGUGAGGUGGCUCACCUGCUUGCCCGCUCUUCAAACAUCAGAAUACAACUCUCCCUUUACCCUUCUAGUUUCUCUCUCUUAAAUCCUCUAUCGAUUUAAUAUUUUCAUCUGCUAGAUAGAUAGAUAGAUAGAUAGAUAGAUAGAUAGAUAGAUAGAUAGAUAGAUAGAUAGAUAGAUAGAUAGAUAGAUAGAUAGAUACUGUAUUAAUCCCAAGGGGAAAUUCACAUUUAAACUUCUAACUACAUGCUAAACCUCCCAACUACAAACUCAAACGACUUUCAAAUCCCAUACCGCAGUUAUUUCUGCAGCCAACAAUAGAAUUCCUCUGGCAUUCAGAAUUCAGUGGCUGCCAGGUCAGAGAGGCUCCGAGGUCAUUAAACCUCUGAAUUUCUUUCAUUUUCUUAAAGGGGCAGGUAUCUUUUAAGAACUUCUGGGCAUCCUUGCCUUUUGUAAUGGACUACAGGGUCCUACCAACUCUCCAUGUGCCGGCUUUUCUGCACAGUCUCUUCUAAACCCUGCUCCUGUCCAGUGUCCCUCUAAUGUCAUUACUCCCUUGGCACAUAUACCCGUUCUUGGAUCCAUUUUGAGGUUCUGCUUUGAUUGCAUGUGUGUGUAUGCAUUUGGUUGUGUGUAAUUGUUUUUAUAAAUGCAGAUGCUCACCUGAAAUGUCCUUACCUGUAGUGGUGAGAUGAUCUAUGCCAGCAUCCCCAUCCUCUCUUCUCUUCCCACUCUCCCUAUUCCCAGUCUCUGAGUUCCUUCGAUUUCUUAAAGGGACAGGAUAUGAGGCCCCCUCACCAUAUUGAGCCUCAGUUUGAAGCCAUCUGUAAGGAAUUGUAGAGCGCCUUUAGAGGGUAUUUGGACCCUUCACUUUUCACACAUGUUGCUGUGAUGCAGCCUUGUGCCCAUAUCAUUUAAUUUAAUUUUUAUUCCCAUCAAGGAACACUUGAUACCCCAGAUUGACAAAAUGAAAAACAGGAUUUUAGAAAUGUCUGCAAAUGUAUCAAAAACAGACAACUGUAAUAUCCAAUUGGCACAAGUAUUAAGACCUUUCACUCAUUUCUUACUUGAAGCCCCUUUGGCAGCAAUUCUAGCCUGGGGUUGUCUUGGGUUUGAUGCAACAAGCCCUUCUUCUCCGCUCAAGAUCUUCUCAAGCUCUGUCAGGUUGGUUGGUGGAUACUUCAGGAGAUGUUCAUUUGGGUUCAAGUCCAAACACUGGCUGGACCUCUCAAGGGUAUUUCCAGAGUUGUCCCUAAGCCACUCCUGUGUUGUCUUUGCUUUGUCCUGUUGGAAGGUGAACCUUCUGCCCAGUCUGAGGUCCAGAGUGCUCUGAGUAGCUUUCCAUUAAGGAUGUCUCUGCAUUUUGCCCCAUUAAGCAUUCCCUCAUCCAUGACUAGUCUCCGGUCCCUGAUGCUGCCACCACCAUGCUUAACCAUUGGAAUACGGCGAGCUGACGAGUAGCAUCUGGUUUCCUCCAGACAUGAUGCAAAUCUUGGUUUCAUCAGACCAGAGACUUGUUUCUCACAGUCUGAGAGUCCUUUGGGUGCCUUUGUACAAACUUCAAGUGGGCUUCCAUGUGUCUCUACAGAUGAGAGGCUUCUCUCUGGCCACUCUAUCGUAAGGCCCUAAUUGGUGGAGUGUUGCAGUGAUGGUUGUCUUUCUGGAAGCUUCUUCAGUCUCUCCACAUACGUUCUCUGGGGUUCAACCAGAUUGACAGUUGGGUUCUCGGUCACCUCACUUAUCAAGGCUCUUUUCCCCCCUGAUUGUUCAGUUCGGUUGGGCGGCCAGCUCUAAAAAGAGUUAUGGUGGAUCCAAACUUCUUUAAGAACUGCAGAGACCACCAUACUGUUGAGGAACCCUCAGUGUCACAUGAAAUGUUCGUUUAUAGCCUCCCUGAGAUCUUUGCAUCGUCUCUAAGGUCUGCAGGCAAUUCCUUCCACCCCAUGGCUUGGUUUUUGCUCCGCCAUGAGACCCUUCUAUAGACUGGUGUGUGUCUGCCUUUCCUAAAACUGUCCAGUCAAUUAUAUUGACCACAGGUGGACUCCAAACAAGGUGUAGAAACAACUCAAUGAUGAUCAAUACAAUGGGAUGCACCUGUGCCAGACUUCAGAUGCCAUCAAUGGGAUAAUGCAGUUUUAUAUUUUUACUAAGUUUACAACAUUUUCUAAAAUCCUGUUUUGCUUUGCCAUUCUGAGGUAUUGAGUGCUUAUUGAUGUGGGAAACAAAACAAAUUUCAAAGGUUUUAGAAUACGGCAGCAACAUAACGAACUGUUUCAAAAGUGAAGGGGUCUUCAUGCUUUCUGAAUCCACUGCCCAUCCAUACAGUUGGCACUGUUGCCCAGUUUGACUUUGUGUACCGUAUUACAAACGAGAUCGGAGGAAUACGUGUGAUCCUGCCAUUCCAUACCAUGUCUCGUUGUUAUCCUGUGUAAAAACCCAUUCACUUUCAAAGAGAAGUAACGUCUUUUUGAUAUUAAUUAACCUCUCCUGUCAUCCAAAACCUGUCAAGCCAGUGUCAGGGUUGCUGCUAAGGGGGUCCCACUCACAAGAAGUUGUAAAUAUUAUUUGUAAAUAUUAUAAGAUCUGUGUGGACACAUACCCACUAUACAAAAAAAAAGCAGGAUAUAUUUUAGACCAACAAUUCUAACUUUCAUGUCUUGAUGUGACCGUAACAAACUUCUUCAUUUAAAUAAAUCUUAAAAAUGCAGUGAAAACACUAAAAGAGAAAUUACUAAUUCACUUUAUUCUUUGAAGUCUAACAUGAGCAGCCAUUACAUUGUCCCUGUUGGAGGCUGGCAUCUUAUUAUUACUGCUACUGACGCUCAAAACAACACUUGGUGGUGAAGACGGGAUGACGUUGUACAUUCUAAAAGAUAACGUGCGAAUUGUUUCAAUGUCUUCACCCCUCACUACUUAGUAUUAAGCUCACACAUGGACGUGUUCGGCUUCAUCACUUCCACUGAUGCUCUCACUGUGUCAGUGGACGUAACUUCUAAGCAGAACAGCUCGAUUAAGGAGAGCCCGUGGCCCUUCUGGACAGCUCUGUAGAUUUUUCAAAAGAGGAUCGAGGUCUCCAGGGAUUGUGGAUGCCUAGAAGCAAACUUUCAGGAAGCUCUUGAGUGCUGAGGAGCGUUGUUUGUAAGAUAAGCAUCCUAUGAUGGCUUAGCACACCUUAACGUCACCUGGCGAGACCGACACUCAUCGCUCUUUCCAGUGAGACGCUUGAAAAACGGAAACCUGACGACUACUCCAUUGGGCUCAUCUGAUCAUUUUUACUAAUCAGUGCCUCUUUCAUCUAGAGCAGCUGUCGUUUAUAUUAUUUUUUUAUAUAUUGCAUUGUAACUGUAUAUGAAUUUAACAGGGGGAAGGGGGUCACCGAUAUUCUAUAGACGACUGCUAAACACAAACUGUAUUUUCCUGUGAAACACCAAAGGAAUAAAUUUUAAUCUUUCAAACCU